UCAGGUUGUGUUUUGAACGCUGCCAGUGCUUACCGCUGGGCUUGUGCUUUUCCCCUGGUGCGGCUGCUAUCCCGGAUAGCUGUGGGUGCACCAGAGGGGCAGGAGGGCUCGAACCCGGGUUGGCGGGCGCGGGGCUCGAACCCGUGGUGUGCGCGGCUCUCGAGCGCACUGCGGCCUCCCCGUCGGCAGGGGGCGCCGAGGGCUCCGGCAGGGGGUGCUGCGGACCGGGCCCUCCCUGCCGGCAGGGGGCGCUGCGGGCGGGUGACGCCGCUCUGUCCCGGGGCGGUAUCGGUGUGCGGAGCGCGGCCCGGGCUCGCAGCGGCGCCGGUCAUGUCGGUGUCGGGGCCGGUGUCGGGACCCCUGCGCAGCGAGCUAGCCGAGGCCGUGUCCCAGGCGCGGCUGCUGGUGGUGGGAGCCGGCGGGAUCGGCUGCGAGCUCCUCAAGGACCUGGUGCUCACCGGCUUCAGCAACAUCGACGUGAUUGAUUUGGAUACUAUCGAUGUCAGCAAUCUCAACAGGCAGUUUUUGUUUCAAAAGAAACAUGUUGGAAGAUCAAAAUCACAGGUUGCCAAGGAAAGCGUGUUACAGUUCUAUCCAGAAGCUAAUAUUAUAGCUUACCAUGAUAGCAUCAUGAACCCUGACUAUAACGUAGAGUUCUUCCGCCAGUUUACGUUGGUUAUGAAUGCUCUGGAUAACAGAGCUGCCCGUAACCAUGUGAACAGGAUGUGUCUGGCUGCUGAUGUUCCUCUUAUAGAGAGUGGAACUGCAGGCUACCUUGGACAAGUGACAGUUAUUAAAAAGGGAGUGACAGAAUGUUAUGAAUGUCAUCCUAAACCAACUCAAAAGACUUUUCCAGGCUGCACAAUCCGAAAUACGCCAUCGGAACCUAUCCAUUGCAUUGUGUGGGCUAAGUAUUUGUUCAAUCAGUUGUUUGGAGAAGAAGAUGCCGAUCAAGAAGUCUCUCCUGACAGAGCUGAUCCUGAAGCUGCCUGGGAGCCAGCAGAAGCAGAAGCCAGGGCACGAGCAUCCAAUGAAGAUGGUGACAUUAAACGUGUUUCGACUAAGGAGUGGGCUAAAUCAACUGGAUACGAUCCAAUUAAACUUUUUACUAAGCUUUUCAAAGAUGACAUUAGAUACCUGCUGACAAUGGAUAAGCUGUGGAGGAAAAGAAAACCUCCAGUGCCACUGGACUGGGCAGAGGUACAGAAUCAAGAUAAAACCAUCUGUGACCAACAAAACGAAUCCUCUGCGGUCCUGAAGGAUCAGCAGGUUCUUGAUGUCAAGAGCUACGCACACUUAUUUUCAAAGAGUGUUGAAACCCUGAGACUUCACCUGGCUGAGAAGGGCGAGGGAGCUGAGCUUAUAUGGGAUAAGGAUGACCCUUCUGCGAUGGAUUUUGUCACUUCUGCUGCGAACCUCAGGAUGCACGUUUUCAGUAUGAACAUGAAGAGCAGAUUUGAUAUCAAGUCAAUGGCAGGAAACAUUAUCCCAGCUAUAGCUACUACUAACGCGGUAAUAGCUGGUCUGAUAGUGCUGGAGGGCUUGAAGAUUUUAUCAGGAAAGAUAGAUCAGUGUAGAACGAUUUUUCUGAACAAGCAGCCAAAUCCCAGAAAGAAGCUAUUGGUUCCUUGUGCUUUGGAUCCACCAAAUCCUAACUGUUAUGUAUGUGCAAGUAAGCCAGAAGUGACUGUGAAACUUAACGUACACAAAGUUACUGUGUUAACACUCCAGGAUAAGAUAGUGAAAGAAAAGUUUGCUAUGGUAGCACCAGAUGUACAAAUAGAUGAUGGAAAGGGAACUAUUCUUAUAUCUUCAGAAGAAGGAGAAACAGAAGCAAAUAACCACAGGAAAUUAUCAGACUUUGGAAUCCGAAACGGCACACGACUACAGGCAGACGAUUUCCUUCAGGACUACACUCUACUAAUCAACGUGCUUCAUAGUGAAGACCUAGAAAAAGAUGUAGAAUUUGAAGUCGUUGGUGACACUCCUGAAAAAGUUGGCCCUAAACCAUCGGAACCAACAUCCAAGAACAUCACCAAUGGCAGCGAUGAUGGAGCACAACCUUCAACAUCCAGAGCUCCAGAUCAAGACGAUCUAUUGAUUGUUGAUUCUGAAGAUGAAGGUACUUCGAGCAACGUUGACGAUGAUAUGGAAAACAAAAGCCGCAAGAGAAAACUAGAAGAUAAAGAGUGCGUCGGUACAAAGAGAGUGCGUACUGAGCAGACAGAUGAACAAGAUGAAAUCAUAGCGCUAGACUGAGCACGCAAAUGCCCCUUGACAACACAAGUCCAAUAACGUAAUACAGUAACAGCAUAUUAUGUUGGAGUGUGAAAAAUGCCCAGAACUAGACUAAUUUUAAGGCCUUGUUCCGAGUGAUACCAAACCACUGGCUUAAGCAAUUCAUGUCUGUUUCUCUUGAUGAUAAAACUCUUAUCUCAAUAGACUCUUUCAGAAGUUUUGCCAUAUUAAUUCCAUAUAUUAAAUGUAGUAGGAAUAUAGUUGAUAAAUACUUAUGGAUAAGUAUUUGCUUACACAGUCAUGAAAAAAGCAUGUUAUUUUUGUGUAAAUACCUUUUAGGUAUGAUUCAAUAGGACAAAAAAUAAACUACUCUUGUUUAGUAAAGGGUCAUCAUCUGAUGCCCAGAUUUUAAGUAACUACAUUUCUAUUUUUUGCUUGAAAAAAAAUAUUUUUAGCCUAGUCCAAAACAUUUUUCACACCCUGAACAAGUAAAGAAGAAAAUUCAAUAACGAAAAUUAGUGCCGUGUCUCACCAGUGUUCUUGAACUUCAGCCGGCACUAUGUACAUUACUGUAAAACUGUUAAUUUACUCAAGUUUUUCAGCUCGUACUGCCUGGUAUGUCAAUGUAAGAAGCAAAUUUUUGUGUAUUGUUACAGUUUCAGGUUAUUUAUAUUUGAUGUUUUGUAAACUCAGAUACUACUACUAUACUGUACAUCUGAUGGACCAAAUAAAUGACAUCUGAAAUACUUGCUACAUUUGCUUGCAUAGUCCGAGUCUAUGCUGACCGAUGGGAUUUUACAUUGUAUAGCCUUCAAAAGUUACUGUAUUAUUUUCAUUUUUCUAAACAUAACCGAGUAGUACAGAAUUUAAGCUUCACUUGUUUGAGGUGAAAGGGGAAUUUUUUUAAUAAAACUUUUGUGAAUGUUUUUUUUCUCUUGGACAAUCAAUUAUUGGCCUCUUCAGCUGGAGCAUUUGCACCACCCCACGUGUGUUUUCACCCACUCGUGCCUGCAGAAAGAGGUGAGCACUGGUCUCUUAAACAUUACACAUUGUGCAUAGGACAGAAGUGCAAUGUUUGGAAUCGGUAUCUUAAAGCCUACUGCGUUCAUUUAGCUGUUUUGGUAGCUCUCAAAACUAUUGGUGUUGAUUCUUCGAACACAUUAAUCGGCCAUUUCUGUCACUGUACUCAAAUCCAACAUCGCGUUAGUGAACCAAAACUGCUUCUGUUCAUUGAUAAGUAUGCAGAGGCAGCCUUACAGAGCAGAGGGAUGAGCAGGGAAGAUUUAUUCUGUUACAGUUUGCAAAAUGAAUUUUAAACCA